GGCAAAGAAAAAAUGGCUUCCCAUUUUAAAAAAGGUAAUUUAACUUCACCAUCUUUGUCUUAUUUCAUUUUUGACAUUUAUGAGGAUGUUGGAUCAUUGAGAUAUUUUUAUUUUAUGUUAACUGCAGUGUUUUACCUUGUUAUUGUUCUUAUCAACACUUCUCUGAUUGUGGUUAUCUGUGUGAACAGAAGCUUACAUGAACCUAUGUACAUUUUUCUGUGCAGCCUGUUUGUAAAUGAACUGUAUGGUAGUACAGGGUUGUUUCCAUUUCUUCUGGUUCAGAUCCUCUCUGACAUUCAUACUAUUUCUGUUUCUUUGUGUUUCCUGCAGAUUUUCUGUUUGUAUACUUAUGCAAAUAUAGAAUUUUGUAAUUUAGCCGUCAUGUCUUAUGACAGAUAUCUUGCUAUCUGUUGUCCUCUACAAUAUAACACACGUAUGACAUUUAACAAAGCAGUUAUCUUUAUUAUUGUUGUCUGGUUGUAUUCUUUUGUCAAUGUCCUGAUUCCUCUAUCCUUAAACAUCCGUUUGACAUUUUGUGGAAACAUCAUGAACAGUUUGUGUUGUCAUAACUACCUUGUUGCAAAGUUGGCCUGUUCUGACAUCAAAGUGAAUAAUAUUUAUGGACUCUUUGGUACUGUUCUCACCAUCUUAGUCCCUCUGCUUCCAAUCCUUUUCUCCUACAUGAAGAUUCUCAAAGUGUGUUUUUCUGGCUCCAAACAGACAAGACAGAAAGCUGUCAGCACCUGCACACCUCACCUCGCUUCUCUGCUCAACUUUUCUUUUGGCUGCAGCUUUGUAACCAUUCAGAGUAGAUUUGAUAUGAGCAGUGUACCCACUGAGCUACGUAUUAUUCUGUCUCUGUAUUUUCUCAUCAUACAGCCACUUUUAAGUCCUAUCAUGUUUGGAUUGCAAAUGUCUAAAAUACAGAAUAUAUGUAAAAAUGUCCUCUGUUCUAAAAUGUUGACUUUUCCAAGAGAUAAAAUGUUGAUUGUAUGAAGUGGCAGUAAAUUGUGUUUAUAUGCCUGAAAGGAAAUCAUAAACAAGUAAAGAGAUAAAUACUCAUCAGUUCUUAUGUGUUUUAUUACAACUUCCCAAGCCUAUGAUGGUGUUAAACUGUUGUAUUAACACAGUCAACUUUUAUUAUAUUUUAAAUCUGUAUC